GUUCUUUAAAGAAAUAAUAAUAAUCAGACAGGGGCAGCGUGUUAGAAGAUAAACUCCAGCAGCACCUCAAAACGACGCGUGGCCUUCUUCUUCCUCGUGCAGAUGCGCCUCACAGAGCCACAAAGCGGCACUGAAGCUCGCCGCCGAUGCAAAUGAUAAGCGUGCAAACAGCUAAAUAACAGAACGCCUGAGCUCCGACGAGCACCUAGGCAACGCCUUCGGAAACCUAGAUCUAUAGAAUAUCAAUUGAGCUUCAGCUUCCAGCUUCAGUAGAAGCCAUCAAUAGUAAUGUUUAGAAGACACAAUGUUGCUGCCAGGAUUUUCGACCGCCAAAUUUCCACUGUUGCUCCUGGCACUAGUGUUCACCAUACUAGGCGAUUUUACGAGAAUUUAGUCCCUAAUUGUACCAUAUAUGAAGUUGAGUGCCCAGACCAUCUAUACCGUAAAAUCACUGAGGAUGGUCAAUACCUCAUAUGUUUCAGUAGAAAUCAUCAGGAUCUGAUUGUUUAUAGACCCACGUGGCUUUCAUAUUCAUGCAAAGAAGAAUGCAAUACUAAUGAUCUUCCCCAAAAAGCAAAGAGGUUUGAGAGCUUCUUCAGCCAACUGUACUGUGUAUCACUUGCUUCUAGCAAUGAGCUUAUAUGCAAGGACUUUUUUCUUUACAUGGAGAGUAACCAAUUUGGACUAUUUGCUACUUCUACUACACAAAAUCAUGAUGCGCCUGUUGGAGGAGCUGUUCAGGGUGUCCCCUCAAUAGAAAAGAUAACUUUUCACCUCUUGAGAUUGGAAGAUGGAGUUGUUCUGGAUCAGAAGUGCUUUCACAACGAUUUUAUUAACCUGGCCCAUAACAUGGGUGUCUUCUUGUACGAUGAUUUACUGGCAAUUGUGUCAAUUCGCUAUCAAACAAUACACAUACUGCAAAUCAGGGACUUCGGGAACCUUGUUGACAUACGAGCAAUUGGGACAUUUUGUCGUGAAGAUGAUGAGCUUUUUCUCAAUUCAAGCACUCAGAGUAUGCUUAGUCAUGAAAAAGGUAAACUGCAUCAACUGCCUGAGAAUCCUGUUGAGAAUGGUUUACAUCAGAGUGAGCCUUCCUCAGACUAUUGCUUUCUUAGUGGAAUCAAACAGCGGUUGCUCUCUUUCAUAUUUAGAGGAAUAUGGAAUGAAGAACCAGAUCAGGCAUUGAGGGUCCAAUCCCUGAAGAAGAAGUUCUAUUUCCAUUUCCAAGACUAUGUUGACUUGGUGAUCUGGAAGGUACAAUUCUUGGACCGGCACCACCUGCUAAUAAAGUUUGGUAGUGUAGAUGGAGGGGUAUCACGUAAUGCUGAUCAGCACCCAGCCUUUUUUGCGGUAUAUAACAUGGAGACAACUGAAAUUGCAGCUUUUUAUCAGAAUACGGCAGAUGAGCUUUAUCUCCUGUUUGAGCAAUUCUGCGACCACUUUCAUGCAACAGCAAGAAAUUCAUUGUAUUUGAAUUUCAUUUCAUCCCACUCAAAUAACAUGCAUGCUCGGGAGCAACUAAGAAGUGCUAAAAAUAAAGCAAGUAGUUCUUUGCAGUUUGUGAAGAAGAUGCUAGUUUCUUUGCCUUUUAGUUGUCAGUCGCAGAGCCCUUCUCCCUACUUUGACCAAUCUCUUUUUCGCUUUGAUGAAAAGUUGAUUUCUGCGACUGAUCGGCAUAGACAGUCAACAGACCAUCCCAUCAAGUUCAUCUUAAGAAGGCCACCAAAUACGCUGAAAUUUAAAAUCAAGACAGUCUCUAGAAACGAGAUCGUGGAUCUGCUUAUACCCACUCCUAGCUAGCUUGGAGCUGGACCCUGGUCCUUUGAAGAUAAAUGCUCCGUUCUAGUUAUUUGAUCAAAUUAAUUACAAUCCUAGCUUGGAGCUGGACCUGGCCGUUCAACUUUCAGACCUCAUACAUGUGGAAGAUCUCACCCAGUGAAUUGAUGGAAUGCGUCUCUUCUGUGUCUGUUGAACAUCUACUUUGGAAAUUUGAAGAAAUGAGGGGCAUUUGUGAGAAUAUAAACUUUUCAUCCAAUAAGAUAACUACAAGUGGACUUUAGUGGUGCCAAAAGACAGAAAUACCUUCGACCAAGAAGUGGGAAGAAGCAUGCUUGGUAAUAGCUAGAGAAACAGUAUAAAUAGACAAAGACCUUCAUGACAGUAUAGUUUCUCAUGAUAAGACAAUUUCGGGAGAGGAAAAUUACUACAUUGCAAAACAACAGUCUAACCUAGCAAAAAAUUUCGGAAAAGGAUUGUCAAAAGUCAAGGAAAUACCAGUCAACCAAGGACUUUUAACUCUCAAGCUAGAUUAUGAGCUUUCAAAAACUGAAUGCAAGAAUGCAGAGAUUAGGUUUACAUCGGAUGGCUAUUGAAAACAAGAUUAUAUUGUUCGGAAAGUGUUAUUGUAAAUUUUAGCACUUGCUGUUUCCAAGCCAAUUGACACAGGGAAUGAACCUACGCCUUCUUUGUUGAACUGGGAGUCUGUUUCGAAAGGAAAGCCAACCAACGAGUUUGAACAUUAGGUGGGAGAAUUUGUUUUCACAUAGCCUUUUUAAAAUGUGGGCAUUAGGGUGAGAAGUAAAGUGGUGCAUUUGAAGUUUGUAAGGUCAUCUCUAGUCAUAGGGCUAAAUGUAGUUCAUGACUAUAAUUUUAGCCCUUCAAAAUAUUAAUUUUUCAAAGAAUAGCGCAGGGCUAAAUUUUUUCCAUCCCUAGCUAUGCAAGCUAUAUUUUAGGGCACUCCAUAUUUUAUUAUUUUGAGGAAAAUUAUAGUA